AUGGAAUCUCCGCAAACCUAUGUCCUGCCUAAGGUGGACCCAGAACGUAAUCCAGCGCCGGCCCUUGCCUCCAUUGAGGAGAAAGCACGUAACAAUAGAAGGAGAUCGUUGAGAAACUACCACGGAAAUAGAAAUCGAUGGUUAGAACCUACAGCUAAUAAGAAACCUGAACGUAUCGGCGACGAAACUUCCGAAAGCGAUGAAGAACCUCAGAGUACUUAUACCAGUAAAGAAUCCGAAGGGUUAUUUAAAGGACGGUACGGUCACUUAACUGAAAAACAAAAAAAGGCUUGCGAAGAGCUUCUAGCUAUAAUGAAAAGAACACCCUUCAUUGAUCUCGACCGACCCACUUCAUUAAGGUACAAUAAACUACUUUACGAGAGCACUAUAAUUCGAAAUUCAUCUGUAGGUGUCAUGAAGUUUUACAAAACAUACAAAGCUGCAAUAAUUAUAGUGGAGAAAUGUAAAAUACUAGACAGAACAGAUAAGAUGAGAAAAUUUUUUAAAGAGGUUGAAAGAAUCACGCUUGAAAAAUAUAGAAAGACGCCUUUUAUAGCUUUUUAUCAAGACAUUGUGGUGCCGAAAGAAACAAACGAUGAAACGAUAGAUGAGAAAGCUGAUAGAUUGUCUAGAGUGUACGUCACGGGCAUGAAAAACAUUAAGGAAGCAAGGGCAGUUGUAUACAAUCCAGACCUAUAUAAGAAUCCCAAUAACGCAGAAAAAUUAAAAGAAAUGAUGGCACCGCAAAAGGAUUGGGAUUUGGCUGAAAGAUACGUUGAACUAUGGAAAGAGAUAAUAAAUUCAAAGGAACUCGUUACGGACGAUGUCAAGUUUGAAAUAAAUACAUUGUUUGGUCCAUUAUUAACUGAGCUUCGCAGAUGCAAAGACAAAAUAGAAUAG